AAAAUUAAAAUUAUGUUAAAUUUUUUAGAAUUAAAUUAAAACUACUCAUCUCUCUCAGCGGAUUAAUUAUUAAACUAAACUUCUUGAACUAUUGGCUCGACAAUUUAAUUCACAUUCCCGUUAAUACGAAUAAUGCGGAAUAUAUAAUUCCGUGCCGUUCAUAUAUAGAAGAAUCCCUGUAAUUCACGUAACGACGUAUUCGCGUUUCAGACUUGUGCAUAAUAUGGAGUCUAUUCACCGGCUCCGUCCCGUAUACCGAAGAUGUCGUGCAUUACCGCAGUUACCGUAAGUACCUUUUUCGUAAACCCGGUAAACAGUACUUAGCGUAAACAUCACUUGCAAUGCAUGUACAAUUCGAUUCGGUUCGAUCAGACUCUGCGAUCUCUCAUCCGUCAUCGUUAUCACGGCAGUUGAAACCCAUUCAACGCAUCCCGAUAUCCUCGUGAAUGAAAGUGGAGCGCGAAUGAGAACGUGACCACGAUUUAUCGAGAUAAUCGCGAUUACGUCACUCCUGAGCGGCGUUUCUAACGAUGAUGAAUUAGAUUACGCAACUCCGAGAGUGCCUUUUGGAAAACUCGUUGCCCGCGAUGACGAUGACGAAUCACCAAGCAGCAUGUAUGAAACACCUCGCGCUUCCUCGUCAGCUGUUUACCGUAGCAAGGAUCAUCCCUUGUACUUUUCCCGCACAAUUUCUUUUCACUGGGUGAAGCUUCUAACUUAUAUGAGGCAAUGUCGCGCAGCGUACGGAUACCGAAACGCCUACAUCUCGCCAACGAGAGGGUGGUCGCACUCCUGGGACACUGGACCGAGCAGGUCGGACAGACCGUUAUACCGCCGGGACACGCAGGUGCGCCCUUACACGCAGCUGGUGAAGGUGGUGGAACAAGAGCAGAGCGAUCCUUUGACAACUAUAAGUGAAACCCUGGGCGCUUUGAACACCGUGGGCAACUAUAUUGUCAACAUGACGAGGGGUGUCGAGAUCUCGAAUUAUCCGCCGAAAGAGCUGCCCUCCGCACUGUACACCAUCUCUAAGAAUAUUUUAGGCCGUAACGUGACGGACAGCAUUGCGCCUUUAGUGCGCGGCGUAGCGCUACCACUGCGACAAACAAUCGCAUCCUCAACGCAGACGCCACCGGUUCAGCAGCAACAACAGCAACAACAAUCCACAGAAGAACUUACGAACAGAGAUAAGGAAUCUACUCCGUCCACGUGCACAACGGCUGAAGGUGGACCCGGAAAGUGCCAGGAUCUCAGCAACUGUCCGCAACUGUUACUCGACCUCACGAAACUGAGGCAGUCGUUGUGCUUCAAGAGUCUGUUCGUACCAGGAGUUUGCUGUCCAGUGGACAAAGUCGGCAAUCCCUCGAUCCCCAUUAUAACCGGGGGAAGUGGUUCUGGGAUCGACCACGGUGGACAUCCUACACGACCGCCGAUUCGACCCACGAAACCCCUUACGCCACGCCCGAUACCGUUGUAUCCGGUGGUAUCCUCGACAGUGAGGCCUACAACGCACGUUCCAUCGCCAGACAUACUGGCCAAUAAUACAAGUGGCUACGAAACGAUUGGGACGAUCGACAAUAAUUUCAUUCAGGAUGAUGACGAGUGCGGAGUGAGAAAUUCAGGGAAGUAUCGGGUGGUCGGAGGCGAGGAAGCAUUACCCGGUCGCUGGCCCUGGAUGGCGGCAAUCUUCCUUCACGGUUCCCGACGAACAGAAUUCUGGUGCGGUGGAUCGUUGAUAGGACCGCGCCACAUCCUCACCGCUGCUCAUUGUACGCGGGAUCAACGACAGCGACCUUUCGCCGCUCGUCAGUUCACCGUACGUCUCGGCGACAUUGACUUGGAGAGGGACGAUGAGCCCUCAUCGCCGGAGACCUAUGCCGUACGGGAGAUUCAUGCGCACCCCAAGUUCUCACGCGUUGGAUUUUACAACGACAUUGCCGUUCUCGAGCUCACGAGGCCCGUAAGAAGAUCGCCAUACGUGAUACCGAUAUGCUUGCCGCAAGUGCGUUCUCGCAUGCAACUCGCCGGCACCAGACCAACCGUGGUCGGCUGGGGCACUACGUAUUAUGGUGGGAAAGAGAGCACCGUUCAACGGCAGGCGGUCCUACCGGUGUGGAGGAACGAAGACUGCAACGCGGCUUACUUUCAGCCGAUUACCAGCAACUUCUUGUGCGCCGGUUAUACCCAGGGUGGCAAGGACGCGUGCCAAGGCGACUCGGGUGGACCGUUGAUGCUGCGAAUCGAUGAGCGAUGGACGCAGAUCGGUAUCGUCUCGUUUGGCAAUAAGUGCGGCGAGCCCGGCUAUCCUGGCGUGUACACGCGCGUCUCCGAAUACACCGAUUGGAUUAAAAGUAACAUAAAGUAACUACGAAAUCGUACAGCAACAUUAUAUAAUGCAGCGCUCGUAUCCUGAAAAACAAGACAUGCACAUAAAUCUAUUUAAAAAAAUAUAAAAAAUAUAAAUAUAAAAUAUAAAAAUAAUAGAUUUCCUGUAAGAGAUCGAUGAAUUGAAACAUAUUAGAAUCUUUUAAUGAAAGAUUGAACGAAUUUCGAGAUUAUGAAUUUUAAGAUGUUCUCGAUUCCAUUUUCUAAUUGGUCUGCUUCUUGUGACUUAUCAUGAAAAAUUUGUAUUGUGUCAGAGUUGAUGACACUGGGAUAUUCUACUGUGUUACGUGCCAGAACAUACAUUGAUAUACAUAUAUAUAGAUUUGUAACACGUAUGUGCCUCACGUUAUCUAUCUUUUAUACCAUAUGUUAUCUUCAAUUCUGAAAAAUGUUAAAUAAUAUUUACGACACACGUUCGAGAACAUAGUAAACAUUCAACAGGAUUUUAAACGACACCAAGAUGUGUAAUAUAUACGCUCUUUCGCAGUUUUCUUACAAUCGUUUUUUAUUGUGUCGAUAAAUGUACAGUCGUACUCCUUAAACGUGUGCAUAAGGUACAGAAACAUUUAACAACUAUCCAUGUUUUUGCGGCAACGCAUUAGCGUGAUCAUGUGUAUAUUCAAAUGAAUAACUUGUCAAUAAAUUAUUAUCAUACUAUAUAUUUAUGUAACGUAUGUAAUUAGAAUUUUGUAAUUAUAUAGAAUGUAACAAUAUCUAAUAAUACACACACAUCAUUAAAUGUACAUACGGCG